GCGCUGAGGCGCAGCCGCCGCGCUCUGUCGUUGCGCUCGCGCACAGCCCGUGGGGAGCGCGCCCGGGCCGGUCGCCCCGCAGCCGCCGCUCACCGCCAUGGCGAAGGGAGGCAGGAGGAGAUGCGUCUGCCUGGGCUUCUUCAAGAAGAACUGGCUGCUGAUCAGCACGGUGGCCGCCGUGCUGAUGGGUAUUGGAGUAGGCGUGCUGGUACGAGAAUAUGGCAAACUGACUAACCUGGGUAAAAUAUACUUUUCCAUUCAUGGGGAAGUGCUGAUGAGGAUGCUCAAAGUCGUCAUUCUGCCGUUAAUCAUAUCAAGUACAAUCACAGGUGUUGCUGUUUUGGAUUCCAGCGUUUCUGGGAAGAUUGGUUUGAGAGCCAUCAUAUAUUAUUUCUCCACUACAAUCAUGGCUGUAAUACUGGGGAUUAUCUUAGUUGUGGCCAUUAAACCUGGAGCACGUCAAACUGCUGAUGAGAUUGACAGAAUGGGCAGUACCCCAGAAGUCAGUACUGUUGAUGCCCUGCUGGAUCUGAUCAGGAACAUGUUCCCAGAAAACAUUCUCCAGGCCUGUUUCCAACAGUAUAAAACCAAACGUGAAAAAAUAGAAGCUAAACCUGUCAUGGAUAAAAGUAACUCCACAUCUACAGGAGGACAAACUACAACUGCAGAGGCUACACAGAACGAAACAGAGGAAUACAAAAUUGUGGGCGUGUAUUCCAAUGGCAUGAACGUGCUUGGGUUGAUUGUCUUCUGUAUUGUUUUCGGAGUGGUUAUUGGGCAAAUGGGAGAGAAAGGACAAGUGCUGGUGGAUUUUUUCAAUGCACUGAAUGAAGCUACAAUGAGAAUAGUUCAGAUAAUUAUGUGGUAUAUGCCAAUUGGUAUCAUGUUUUUAAUUGCUGGGAAGAUAAUAGAAGUUGAGAACUGGGAAAUCUUCCGUAAACUGGGUCUUUAUAUGGCUACUGUAAUAACUGGACUUGCAGUCCAUUCCGGUGUAGUUCUGCCACUGAUCUACUUAGUAAUAGUAAGGAAAAAUCCUUAUCGGUUUGCCAUGGGGAUGGCUCAGGCACUUCUGACGGCCCUCAUGAUUUCUUCCAGUUCAGCAACUUUGCCUGUCACUUUCCGCUGUGCAGAAGAAAAAAACCUUGUUGACAAAAGAAUUACCAGGUUCGUUCUUCCAGUUGGAGCUACCGUCAACAUGGAUGGCACAGCUCUUUAUGAAGCAGUAGCAGCUGUAUUUAUUGCACAACUGAAUGACAUGGAACUGGAUAUGAGCAAAAUAAUUACCAUUAGUGUCACAGCUACAGCAGCCGGUAUUGGUGCUGCCGGUGUGCCCCAAGCCGGACUUGUCACCAUGGUGAUUGUAUUGAGCGCUGUCGGACUGCCUGCUGAAGAUAUUACUGUGAUCAUUGCAGUUGACUGGCUUCUGGAUCGAUUCAGAACAAUGGUGAAUGUCUUGGGGGAUGCCUUUGGUGCAGGGAUCGUGGAGAAGCUCUCUAAAAAGGAGCUGGAGCAGAUGGAUGUCACCUCUCAAGUCAACAUAGUCAAUCCUUUUGCCUUGGAAACACCUGGUAGUGAUGAAAAAGAGACCAAGAAAUCAUAUGUCAAUGGAGGCUUUGCUGAAGAUAAGUCUGACAACAUAUCCUUUACGCAGACAUCUAAGUUCUAGAAUCAGCAGCUUUCAGGUGAAACAGGAGACCUAAAGGACAUGGCCAUAUGCAAUGUCUCAAAAAGCUUAAUAAUUAAUUGAUAAUUAAUUACAUCUCACAUGCAUUUGAUUUACUACACAAACCCUGAUUCUUCUUAGUGGUUCUGUCCCCUUCUCAUCAUCUCUCCUAACAAUUUGGACUCACUACUUUUAGUCCUUGCUUUUAGGUUGAAUAGUCAGUCAGUGGUAAAAUACAUUUGUGUGGUUUUGUUUUUUUUUUUUUUUAAGAAUAUACAGUAUUGCUGAGGCUAUGAAAUGCCUAUUUAGAAUCAGCAUGCUUAUAAAUGGGGAUCUUAGCUGUGACAGUCAAACAUGUUUUACUCAGGAGCAGCACAGCAUUCCACGUCUUACCUACACAACAAAGCACCUGUAUGAAAUCCCUUUUAACAUCCUUGCGUUCUAAACAGAUUGCACUCUACAUGGCAACUGCUGUAACUUGAUCACGUGCCAAAAUACUCAUUUCUGCAGCUGAAAGGAUACAAGUUGGGUAACUCAGGAAGGAACAGAGCAGAAAGACUUUGUAAUAAGUAUUUUACUAUGAACAGGGUUUCAUGAAAGAAUUUCCAGUGUUUAUGUAGCUAAGCUUCCAAAGCCUUUCAUGUGAAUGCCAACUGCUGCAAUUGGCCUUCAGGUGUGAAAUAAAUUGUUGUGGAUUUGCUCUUCUGGUAUUUGAAGUUUUUUUUUUUUGUAAAGUGAUACCUCACCAACUUAAGUCCGCUUUGAUGGCCUCUAGUACGUUUCCAACAGAAGCAAAAAUAAGUUAAUUUACUGUUGUUCACAGUUCACAGUAUUCUAACCAAAUACUCAUCAACCCCAAAGUAGGCAUAGAUGAAGGUGAACAUAGACUAUUUAGCAUUGCAUAGUGCAAAUUCUAAACUUUUUCUUCUUCAAAUGAACACAGGGAUAGUAUCAAGAAUAUAGGAGGCAUACUUUUUUCUAGAAAGAAGCCACUGUCACUGAACUUUUUACACAAACUGGUUGGCAUUUUUGCUCCUUGGUUUACUUUGCCACUUGAACGUGCAAGUUCAUAGCUGCAACACUACUACAGUGCCAACUUGUGAGCUAAACUGUACCUUACAAAGCCCUUCUGGAUGCAGAAAAGCAUGUGUUCAAAUGGCUUGCUGUGGGAUAAGAAACAUCCAUUACUUCCUCAUAAGAAAGCUCCAUUUUAUAGAACAUUUUAUAGAAGAUUUUCAUGGUGCAAAAAUCAUUCUCUCAGGGGAGGAGUGGCUGUAAAGAAUUUUUUUGCCUUGCACAUUAAAGUCAUUAGCCAUUUUAUAUGUAAAGUAAACUGAAAUUCAUAUACAGUUCUCUGUUUGUAAGUAAGCUUGUGGUAAACCUAAUAUUGCAUUCUCAUGCUAACAAAAAGACCUUCAAGUUCCUCAAGUGCUAGGUACUUGAUUACAUCCUAUACUUCUGUAUUUAAAUAAAGUAGUCGUGUGCCAAAGAGAAUUGAUUAAGAAAAGAAGAAAAUAUUUAUUGUAGGUUUUGAUAAAUUGCACCUUAACAAGUCAAUGAGACAUAAUACUGUAUUUAAAUUAAGCAUUGUAAGCUAUAUGGAAGUCCUAAUCUAGAUAUUGGUAUGUUUAUACAAAAUGAAGAAAAUGUACAGACUGAGUAAACAAUCUUUUACCUUUGCAGAAAUAGUAAGAAAAUCUUUAUUUGUACAGCUUUGCUUAUGGGAGGAAAAACACUCAUCAGUUUCCACAACUAGCCAAUAAUCUAUGCUUUGUCUUUUUUUUGCUUUUU